UCCUGUAUGCCAUUCUGCUCUGGAUGAGGGUGUACUCUGUAUGUGUGUGUGUAUGAGUGUGUAGGUGUGUGUGCGUGAGUGUGUAUGUGUAUUUUCCACAUUGAAAAGGGUGUGAGUGAACACAGAGGAGGAGGAGGAGGACUGCCUUUUUUUGACUGAUACUGUGUGAAGAUGGACAUUGCAGAGUUCCGUAAGCGAGGGAAGGAGAUGGUGGACUAUAUAGCCGACUACCUGGAGAACAUUGAGAAAAGGCCGGUUUACCCUGAAGUACAGCCUGGCUACCUACGAGCACUUAUUCCUGAUGUGGCUCCUGAUGAGCCAGAGACGUAUGAAGACGUGCUUAAGGACAUCGAGCGGGUCAUCAUGCCUGGGGUCACCCACUGGCACAGCCCGUACUUCUUCGCCUACUUCCCUUGUGCCAACUCUUUCCCCGCAUUACUAGCAGACAUGCUGUCAGGGGGAAUCGGCUGCCUUGGGUUCACCUGGGCUGCGAGUCCGGCCUGUACUGAGCUGGAGACAGUGAUGCUGGACUGGCUGGGGAAAAUGCUGAAGCUGCCCGAGGAGUUUCUAGCAGGAACGGAGGGCAAAGGAGGAGGUGUGAUUCAGGGAACUGCUAGUGAAGCAACUUUAGUAGCGCUUCUCGCCGCUCGCACCAGAAUCGUGAAACAUGUUCAAGCUGAUCAUCCUGAAUGGACCGAAGUGCACAUCAUGUCUAAAUUAGUAGCCUACACGUCAAACCAGGCUCAUUCAUCCGUGGAGAGAGCAGGUCUAAUAGGAGGCGUGAAUAUGAAAAAACUUCCCACUGACGGCAAGUUCGCCGUGAGGGGCGAGGAAAUGAGGAAAGUCAUUGAGGAGGACAAAGCAGCAGGUCUCAUUCCCUUCUACUUUUGUGCCACACUGGGAACGACUGCGUCAUGUGCAUUUGACCACAUCACUGAGCUCGGACCCAUAUGUAACGCAGAGGGGAUAUGGAUGCACAUUGACGCUGCCUACGCAGGAAGUGCGUUCAUCUGUCCUGAGUUCCGACCUCUCUUGGAUGGCGUGGAGUUUGCCGACUCCUUCAACUUUAAUCCUCACAAGUGGAUGUUGGUGAACUUCGACUGCUCUACGAUGUGGGUGAAGAGAAGGGCUGAUAUUAUUGGGGCGUUUAAGAUGGACCCACUUUAUCUGAAGCAUGACCACCAAGAGUCAGGAUUAGUGACGGAUUAUAGACACUGGCAGAUCCCACUGGGUCGAAGGUUCCGCUCGCUGAAAUUGUGGUUCGUGUUGCGCAUGUAUGGACGCCGAGGCCUGCAGCAGCACAUCCGCAAGCAAGUUGCACUGGCUAAGGAGUUUGAGAGUUUGCUGCUAGCAGAUGAACGCUUUGAGAUCUGUGCUGAAGUGGUGCUCGGCCUGGUCUGCUUCAGACUGAAGGGCUCGAACGAUCUGAACAAAACCCUGCUGAAGAGGAUCAACAACAGUCGCAAGAUCCACCUGGUGCCGUGCCAGCUGGCGGGUUUGUUCGUGUUGCGCUUGGCCGUGUGCGCUCGCACCACCGAGUCAUGGCACAUUCGCGAGGCCUGGACUCUCAUCACUCAGCUGGCGUCUGAGCUUCUCUGUGAUAACCAUCACUGAGCUCCGGGCACAGCACAGUGCUCGCUAAUCAUCCUCUCUUACACACAUCCUGCUGCUGCCAUUCUUUUUCACCUUUCUGCUUGUUUGAUGUGUGUAAGGUCUGUCGAUGUUUGCAAAGGGAUAAUAUACAAUGUCUGAGUCCACUACCAAAAACGUACACAACUCUUUACUAAUUAGAUUCUUAUUAUCUCUUGCGAGGAGUCUCCAGUGUCAGCACUUUGUAGGAUGUUUUUCCUGGUUUCUCAGAAACAUAGCAAGCAAUAGUCUUUUUAACUUCAAGAGGACAAAAUGGGCAUCUGUUAUAACGUAGGCUGCUAUAACGUAAGUGAUAACAAGGACUAAUUUGUCUCGUGGAGGUAUAAUGAGUCAGUCGGUAUAAAUUAAAAAAUUUUGAUUGAUGUGGUGUAAAAGGAAUGAAACACUAUUAAGAGGUGGUGUAAAUGGAAAAUAUUCCACUUUAGGUGUGCGAACAGUAACUCCCAUUGAUCAUCUUCUUCUAACAGCACACCCCCAAAGUGUUGCAUUCUUUACUUUACAGUGAAUCUGCCAGGCAUGAACUACCAGAAAACAAGUGUCUCUUCUUUAAAAAAAAAAAAAACAA